GAUCCCAACAUCUCUUGAGAUUCCCUCUAAAUUCUAAUAUUCUGGGGGCAGCUGGGUAGCUCAGUGGAUGGAGAGUCAGGCCUAGAGAUGGGAGGUCCUGGGUUCAAAUCUGGCCUCAGACACUUCCCAGCUGUGUGACCUGGGCAAGUCACUUAAGCCCCAUUGUCUAGCCCUUAUCGCUCUUCUUCUAUCUUGGAACCAAUACUUAGAAUUGAUUCUAAGAUGGAAGGUAAGGGUUAAAUAAAAUAAAUUCUAAUAUUCUAUGAUUAUAGGGCUCAGGGUGCCCCUCGCCCUGUGGAGCCCACCCUCCCUCAGAUUAUAGGGUGUAUGUGUGUGGGGUUAAUCCCUGUGUCUCAGAAUAAAGGAGCCCCCAUGGCGCUAGGCAGAGAUUGCCUCCUUGACAGAUAAUGAUAUGGGUUGGUGCCAUAGCCAGAGAGGGAAGAUGCUCUGUCCCAGAUGGCAGAUUCUGAUAAGGGCAGGGAGAAAAUCCAGAGUCCGGCUCUGUUUGCCCAAGCAGAUCAGUGUGGAGAGGGUGAGUGGGAGUGGAUUGUUCAAAAGAAGGGCCUGGAGGGAGCAAACUGACCUUACGGGCGGGAAGGAGAGAGCAAAGCCGCCAGGACUAUUUUGUAGGAAGAGCAAAGUUCUCACUAGGAUGAAGAGAGGUUUAGAGACAGUGUCAGAGGAAGAGGCUCAGCCUGGAGAAGAGAACAGGUAGGGACGAUAUGAUAGCUGGCUUCCAGUUUCAAUGGGCUUCCAAGGGAAAGAGGAAUUGGGCUUGUCCCAGUCCUGCGCAUAGCAGUCAGAAAGCACUUUAAAGUUUGCAAAAUUCUGGGAUGGCUAGGGGAGCUCAGUGGAUAGAGCACCAGGACUAUAGUUGAGAGGACUUGAAUUCAAAUGUGACCUCACACGCUUCUUAGCUGUGUGACCCUGCACAAGUCAUGUCACUUCAGUUGUCUAGACCUCGCUCUUCUGCCUUAGAACCAAUAUUUAAUAUUGAUUUUAUGACAGAAAGUAAGAGUUUUUGCUUGUUUGUUUUAAAAAGGAAGGUCUUCCGUAGACUGAGAUGGGAGAAGGUAACACAGGAGAUCUCCCUUCUUAGCUGUAUCACGGAACUCUGCCUAGACAGCUUUUUUUUUAGGUUUUUUUUUUGCUUUCUCACAUUCUCCUUUAUGUCAUGGUUAUUUAUACACACAAAUAAUACAUACAUAAAUAAUACAUAACCUUCUUCCCCAUCAGAUAAGCUCUCUGAGAACAGAGCUCAGAUCUCGUGCAUCUUUAUGUCCUUCACGUCUAACACGGGGCCUCGUACCUAGUAAGGGCUUAAGAAAUGUUUGUCAGCGUGUGUGUAGGAUCCACGAAGGGAAGGCAGUGAAUGAAGGCACCCUUGGGAGGAGCCAGGAGCUGGGAGAGGACCAAGGCCUUCUUUCUCCGAAAGCAGGCAGGCGGUGUCCAGGCCUGAGCUGGAGAGGGCUCCUAUUUCAGAGCCUGGCCUGGUUGAAGCUGACUGACGUCCUUCUUUCUCUGCUACUUCCUUGAGUUGAUUGGGUUUCUUUGUAGAUCACAAGCGUAUUGAUUAGAAUGCUAGCCGUGCUCUCUGGCCUACUUCGGGAGUCUCCCAAAGAAGGAGCUACACUUCUUCUCCUCUGGGCCUGGGGGUCUAGCCACCAGACCAUCUUCUGAAGCUGCAGCAAAAUGCAGCAAUUCUAUUGGUCAGACACAAGGGAUGGAGGUAAAGGCUGGAGACUGAGACAGAGAGAGGAGAGACAGACAGACAGAGAAAGAGACAGAGAGAAGAGAGAGAGAGAAGAGAGCAAGAGGCAGAGAUGGAGAGACAGAGGAGGGAGAGAGACCGACAGACAGACAGAGAAAGAGACAGAGAGAGAAGAGAGAGAAGGGAGAGAGAAAGAGGCAGAGAUGGAGAGACAGGAGGGAGAGACAGAGGAGGGAGAGCGACAGGCAGACAGAUAGAGAAAGAGACAGAGAGAAGAGAAGGGAGAGCAAGAGGCAGAGAUGGAGAGACAGAGGAGGGAGACAGACAGACAGACAGACAGACAGACACAGACAGACAGAGAGAGAAGGGAAAGAGAGCAAGAGGCAGAGAUGGAGAGACAGAGGAGGGAGAGAGACAGACAGACAGACAGAGAAAGAGACAGAGAGAGAGAAGAGAAAGAGACAGAUGGAGAGACAGAGGAGGGAGAGAGAAAGAGAGGGAGACAGACAGAAACAGAGACAGAAUGAUAGACAAACAGAGACAGAGAGAAGGGAGAGAGAAAGAGACAGAGAUGGAGAGACAGAGGAGGGAGAGGGGGAGACAGACGGAAACAGACAGACAAAGAGACAGAGAGAGAAAAGAGAGAUGGAGAAAGAGAGAGACAGAGCAGGGAGAGAGAGGGGGAGACAGACAGACAAAGACAGGGAGAGAGAGACAGAGAGAUAGGGAGAGACAGAGACAGAUAGAUUGUUAGACAAAGACAGAGAAAGAGAAAAAGGGACAGAGGCAGGGAGAGAGUAAACAUAAGAUGGAGUAGCAACUAGGUAGCACAGUAGAUAGAGCACUAGUCCUGGAAAUGGGAGGUCCUGGGUUCAAAUGUGGAUUUAGCUAUAUGACUCUGGGCAAGUCACUUAACUCCAAUUGUCUGGCUCUUAACCACUCUUUUGCCUUGGGACUGAUACUUAUAUUCUAGGAUGUUAGGUAAAUUCAAUUUCUAGGAUAAUAGGUAAAGUUUUGUUUUGUUUUUUUAAGAUAGGAAUCAUUGAAUAUAAUUAGGCAAUCUCCUCAAAGGCACAAUAAUUCUUUCUCUGCUUCUUCCCCUCCCCACCUUGGGAUUCUGCAGAUGAGUCUUUGUGGAAGUGUCUAGGUCCCUGAAGCAACGUGAAAGAUCAUCCUUGUGGCAUCUCUCCUUUUAGUAUAGAAGUUGAGCAGAAUUGGGCCAUAUAUGGGGACAGAGUUUUCCCAGGGAGAUUUUUUGUUCAUUUAUGUAUUUCACAGAACCAGAGAAUUCCGGGGCUGAAAAGACUUGUAGGCUACCCCCAUCUUUUUGUAGAGGAGGCUUCUGAGUCAGAAGACCAAAGAACCUGAGAUUCAGAACCAGAGAGGACCUUAGAGACCAUUGAGUCCAACUCUUCAUUUUUUUUAAAUAUAUUUUAUUUGAUCAUUUCCAAGCAUUAUUCGUUAAAGACAUAGAUCAUUUUCUUUUCCUCCCCCCCCACCCUCCAACUCUUCAUUUUAAAAAUGAGCAAACUAAGGCACAAAGAGUUUAAGGACUUGCCAAGAUUUCAGACACUUGACUGAGAUGAGGUUUGAACCCAGGAUUUUCUGGUUCAGAGGCCAGUGCCCAGGCCCCUAUUCCAUAUCAGCCUAGAGAGGUUUGGUGACUUUCCCAAGGUGUCCAUUUGAUUUAACAGAAAAGCCAGGAUUUAAAGCAAGACCUUCUAACUACCAGUUCAGGCUGCCUUCCAUUACUCCAAGCAGGGUAGCCUCUUGAUUCACAGAAAAUGAAAGCAAGCUGGUAGACCUCAGCUAGACCAGGGUCUCUCUCUGCCUUCUGGCAAUGUGAACCCAGAAGUCCACCUACCCAAGCUGGCCAGAGCUCUCUGCUCUAAUGACCAUUCUUUGGCUUGCCAGGCCUCCACUGAACCAUGGUUAGGCCUUCCCCAGCUAUUUUUUUUCCUUUUUACAACUUCUAUUGAUCCCUUUUGUUUUUCUAUAUAAUCCCCUUUUCCAGAUAUAUCUUUCCUUCUCCAACCCUCCCCCUUCAAUCCCUUAGAAGAAAGAAAUCAAGAAUAAAGAGAGAAAAUGUAAGCAACUCAUCAGCUUAAUCAGCCUGGUCUGACAUUGUUCCAUUCCCAUAGUCCCCCUCUUUUAAAAGGGACAGAGGCACAUUUUCCCAUCUCAUUUUGAGAGACAAGUUUGGUCAUCAUAACUGUAUAGCAUUCAGCUUAAUUUCUUUUUGUUCUUUCCAUGAAUGUGGUCAUUGUACAUAUUGUUUUCCUCAUUCAGCUGACUUCCUUUGGCAUCAUUUUGUAUAAAUCUUCCUAUGCUUCUCUGAUUCCUUUAUUAUCAUGCAUUCUGACAGCAAGGUAAAAUUGCAUUUAAUUCAUAAGCCAUGACUUCUUUAACUUCUUCAGUCAAUGUUUCCCCACCUAUUUCACCAAAUUUGCCCCGUUCUGUAACCCCUUAUAUCAGAUCCCACUAAGUAACAAUUAAUCUGAUAAGUUAAUUCAUGAUAAUUUGGUGAUAGAUGUUAAUGAGUAUUCCCCUGUCUAGUAACAUGUCUUUUUUCCCAGAAACCUUUAAUAUCCUUAACCCAAAGGAGGAAAGGAGAAACUUUAAUGGCAUGGAGAUAGUUGAGUGGGGAGAUGUUUGCAGCUAAAGUGGGGGACAGGUUUGUAGCACCUCUUAGAAUCCAUCAUGUGGAGGUAGCUGGGUGGCUCAGGAGAUAGCCAGACCCAGAGACAGGAGGUUCUGGGUUCAAAUCUAACCUCCUAUCUGAGUGACCCUGGGCAAAUCACUUAAAACUCAUUGCCUAGUCCUUACUGCUCUUCGGCCUUAGAACCAAUACACAGUAUUGAUUCUAAGAUGGAAGGUAAAGGUUUAAAAAAAUGAACUUCCAUGCCCGUUCCUGCCCAAGAUGCCAUCAAAGUCACAAUUGCCUUCAUUUCAUAAGUCCAAAUUUGCCAAAGACACUGGUUGUUUUCCCUUGGGAUCUAUUUCUGAAACUCUCUAAAUUUUAAUUCAUUUUUUCCCAAUUACAAUUAAAAACAGUUUCCACUAUUUUAAAAAGAACUUUGAGGCUCAAAUUCUCCCCCGUUUGCCCCACUGAGAUGGUAAUCUAAUCACGUGAAAUGUUUUCCCACAGUAACUCAGGUAGCUACACCAGGUGAAUGAUGGUGCUCAGAGUUAUGGCAGCAGAGCUGAGCAACUCAGGGUUUUGACUAGUGUGGCUCAUUUAGCAUGAGUUCAGCCAAUUUUGCUUUUUCCUGGAAAAAUUAAAAAUAUGGCUGUUGGCAUAAUAAUAGUAGCUGACAUUUAUAGAGCAUUUUCUGGUUGCAAAGAGUUUUUAUAUUCACUCUCUCGUUUGGCUUCUCACAAUAAUUCUGUGAGGUAGUAAUGCUGGUGAUGUUAUCCCUGUUUUUACCAGAAGAAGAAACAGCAGUUCAGAGGGCCAAGUAACCAAGUCACGUAGCUAGUUAUCAGGGGUCACGCCCUCAGUCUAGGUCUUAACUCAAAGCUCAGGGUUCUAUAUCUAAGAACUUGAUGUAUUUUAAUAUUCUAAAGAUGCAUGAUUUUUUCUGAGCAUGACACAAAGAAAAUCCCCAAGUACAUAUCAAGCAUCUUGCUCACUAAAUUUCAAGUUGUUAUUCAUCAUAGCUAAACUAAUUCCAGCUUCAGCCAUCAAAUAUUGUUUACCAAAUUCCUGGAGUCUCAUUUCCACGUUUUAGAGUCCCAGAAUAUUAUUGGUCACUUCAAAACUUUCUUCUGCUCCUAACAAUUGACCAUCAUUUGAUGGCACAGACACCUUACCACUCUGGGCAACGCCAAUAAUCUAGAGCAGUGAUGGCGAACCUUUAGAGAUAGAGUGCUGGGCCCUGCUCCAACCCCCCCCAGACCAAGUGCAUGUCCCUCAGAGACCAUGUGAUGUGCCCCCCACAUGCUGGGUGCCCCCCACAUACUGGGUACCCCCCUCUUACCCCAUACAUGGGAUGGAGGAAGUGCUCCCAUUAGACUGCUGGGCGGAGGGGUGGGGGAUGCGAAAAAAUGUCAGGUGAAGUAGAGAGGGGGAGGGGAGAAGUUCUGCCCAAGUCCCUCUGCCUAUCUAGUAAUGAACUCUGGGGGUGGGGUGGGAAGGGAGGGUGGCCAAGUGCCCACAGAGAGUGCUCUGUGUGCCAUCUUUGGCACCGUGCCAUAGGUUCACCAUCACUGAUCUAGAAUCUUAGUAGUUGAGAGAAUUAUUGCAAUCUGUGCCACAAUAUAGCUGCUUCCUGUGGUGGCCCUCUGUUUCUCUUUUCUUUCACAGCCAGAAGAGAAAGUAGACAAAAUUUGCCCUACAUAACUCCCAAGGACUGCAUAUAAAACCCUGUGACUACAUCCUUCCAGUCAGGACACUCUCCCCAAUUCGUUGGACCUGAGCGCUGGCCACACCUGUAAAACUCCGGACUUCUCCCAAAGAGGAGCAGACCCCAGUGGGUCAUCAGGGGCAGGGGGGAGUCCAAAGAUCCAGGGGACUCCCCAGGCCCACAACGCCAGUUCCUCAGGGAUGACCGCAGGGAGGGUCAACCCUUAUAGUAUAGUGUCCUCCGAAGAAGACGGAUUGCAUCUAGCCACAAUGCCAGGAGCCAAUGGCUUUGGCAAUGGCAAGAUCCAUACACGUAGGAAAUGUCGCAACCGCUUUGUCAAAAAGAAUGGUCAGUGCAACAUUGAGUUUGCCAACAUGGACGACAAGUCUCAAAGGUACCUGGCUGACAUGUUCACAACCUGUGUUGAUAUCCGGUGGAGAUACAUGCUCUUGAUUUUCUCUCUUGCCUUCCUGGUUUCCUGGUUGCUCUUUGGGGUGAUUUUCUGGGUCAUUGCUAUUGUGCAUGGGGACCUAGAGAGAUCCCCGGAUGAGAGGAACUACAAGCCAUGCAUUCUUCAGGUGCACGGCUUCAUGGCCGCCUUCCUGUUCUCCAUUGAGACGCAGACAACCAUCGGCUAUGGCCUCCGUUGUGUGACGGAGGAGUGCCCCAUCGCCGUGUUCAUGGUGGUGGUGCAGUCCAUUGUUGGCUGUAUCAUAGACUCCUUCAUGAUUGGGGCCAUCAUGGCCAAGAUGGCCAGACCCAAGAAACGGGCCCAGACCUUGCUCUUCAGCCAUAACGCAGUGGUGGCCAUGAGAGAUGGGAAGCUUUGCCUUAUGUGGCGGGUAGGGAACCUGAGGAAGAGUCACAUUGUAGAGGCUCACGUCAGAGCCCAGCUGAUCAAGCCCAGGGUCACAGAGGAAGGGGAGUAUAUCCCCCUUGACCAGAUUGACAUUGAUGUAGGUUUCGACAAAGGCCUGGACCGCAUCUUUUUGGUGUCUCCCAUUACCAUCCUCCAUGAGAUCGAUGAGGAGAGCCCACUGUUCGGCAUCAGCAGACAGGACUUGGAAACUGAUGACUUUGAGAUCGUGGUGAUCUUGGAAGGGAUGGUGGAGGCCACAGCCAUGACAACACAGGCCAGGAGUUCCUACCUGGCUAACGAGAUCCUCUGGGGUCACAGGUUCGAGCCUGUCCUGUUCGAGGAGAAAAACCAAUAUAAGAUCGACUAUUCUCACUUCCACAAAACCUACGAGGUCCCAUCCACCCCCCGUUGCAGUGCCAAGGACUUGGUAGAAAAUAAGUUUUUGCUCCCAAACACCAACUCCUUUUGCUAUGAGAACGAACUGGCUUUCAUGAGUCGGGAUGAAGAUGAUGAAGAAGACGAUGAUAGUCGAGGUCUGGAUGACCUGAGCCCCGAAAACAGACAUGAGUUUGAUAGACUUCAGGCCACAAUAGCCCUCGAUCAGAGAUCCUACAGAAGGGAGUCAGAAAUCUGACCCCUGUUGGUCCAGUCUCUUCUUCUGCUCUUUUCCCCUACAGUCCACCCAGGUUUAUGCAGAACAAUGUUAAGUGCCAUAGGGAUGGUUGAAGACUUUAGUAGUGUCUUAGUAUUUUCACGUUUCAUCGCAAUAACCUUGGACGGGUUGGCAGGGAGAGGGAUAGGAAGUCACGGGAGGGAUUAGACUUCCAACCCUAGCUGGUUGGAGGGGCUUCCUCCAAGGUUCCGUCAGUGGGCCCAGAAGGGGAAUGGUCAUGCCCCCAGGGGCUGGACCUCAUUCAGCCGCCAGGGCUUUUCCCUUGGAUGUCUGGUAGGACAGCAAAUAGCUCCUUAAUGUCAAAGGUUACAAAGAAUCUGAAUGUUGCACAGCCUGGAACCUAAUCAGGUUGGAAUGGACUGAAAAUUAACCUUAUGCCUGGCCAGGAGACACAGUUGAGCUUGCCUGGGGAGGGCAGCUGGGUAGGUGCAAUGCUGCACACUGGUUUUUAACUUAAGGGGGAGACAUCAGGUUUUUAAUUUUUCAACUUAGUGCUGGUGAGACUGUUUACAAAAAAAUACAUAUAUAUUAAAUUAAAAUAUAAUUCCAAAAAAGAACAUUUUUUAAUUUAAAAAGAAAAUAAUAAAAGAGAACUUCCCUCCCCUCCAAUGGAAUGGAACAGCCAAAAGGAGGCCCCGGCAUCGGGAUGAAGGGAGUCAGGGACACACUAGAAGACUUCCUGGGGCUAGAACUGUCUCUCUUUUCCCUGAGAAGCCUCCAUCUAUCCCAGGGAAGUGGACACCAGUUCCCAUCUGUGGUGUAAGCAACAGCAAGCACAAUUAUCUAUACCAUAGCUCACAUUGCUCAUAAGGAAAUUUAGAUUCCUUUUGUAAUAGAAAAGCAAAACCAUACUAAUAAGAAUAAUAAAAAUGAAAAAGAAUGGUUUGGGGAGUGGGCAGGGUCAAGGGAGGGGUUUGGUCUAAGAUCUCUUUGUACCUUACAGGUACAUUUCAGUGGGAAUCAUGCCCUAGUUAAACCCAUCCCCCUUCACUGUUUAUUGUUUCCCGGAGCCUUUGGAAAUGGUAGACUUGCAUCGUUGGGUUUGGGUUUUGUAUUUUUUUAAUGAUUUCUUAACUCAACCCCCCAACUCUCUGAACCCCAAGAAAUCAACAUUGCAUUUUGAGUUAAACUAAAGUAGGCUGUUGCUUACUCUGCUUCGGUCUCCCCAGACUGUGAUAUAACAGGACGAAUCCUGGAGAAGGAGUCUAUAGACCUCUGACACUCACCAGGUGUGUGACUGGGCAAAUCACUCCAUCUCUGGGAACCACAUUGAACCUCCUCAGUCUGUAGCCCGAGGAGGCUAGAUUGGUCAAUCUUCCCUGCCCUGGUCUAACUCUAAAACCCUCUGAUCUUCCUUUAACAAUUGGCACUUUGGGGAUUUAUGAAUUGCCACCCCAGAAAAGUCAUGCCAUGUGCAGAGGUGUGUCUGUCAAGCUUCCCAGUUAGCAGAAGGAAAAGCAGGAAGAAGACUGGCAGAAUGAAAAAAGCACACUCUGACUCCAACCAUCUGCACCGUCCCGGCACUUUGAAGUGGGUCGUGCCUUAGAGACACAGAAUUGUCCUGCUGAAUUUUCUUUUUCCCUAACCAUGAUUCUCCCUUUUUAAGUGUUCCACGCUGUACUUUGUUUUUUAAAAAUCUCAUUCUUUCUCCUCUGUCCCCCUUUAUGGAGCCUACCUCCUUGGCUAGGACAAUGGCAGUGAGAAACCAGCAAGCAGAUCACACACACACACACACACACACACACACACACACAGUAACUGCCUGCCCCACACUUUGGAGGAUGUUGGUGGAGAGGGACAGGUCCAGAUGUCCACAGUGAUACUGGAGACCUGCCGUCCCAGCCUCUUUUUACUCCAGAAUGCUGGCUAUUUUAGGGAAGAAAAAAAAAGCAAAAGGGCAGGGAGGAGGUAGGCUAUUCUCUGCCCUUCUGCUGGAUGUCCUGGCAGAGGCUUUAUCCUCCAUUACAAAGUAGAAAGAAAAGGAACUUAGAAAGAGAAGAGCUGUACUGAGCAUCCCUAACCAACCUAGGUCAGGUGGUGUCACUCAGGGUUUACCAGAGUGUAGCAAGUCACCUGGUUCAAUAGAAAGAGAACCCGAUUUGGAUUCAGAAGAACUGAGUUCAAAUCCUGAUCUUACCACUUAUCUGUGUGAUCUUGGGCAAAUCAUUUCACCUUUGGGAACCUUGGUUUUCUCAUCUGCAAAAUGAGGACGUUGGAUGAGCUGGUCUCUGAGAUCCUAUCCAGCCCUAAAAACAAUUUCCCUAAAACAUUCCUUAUAGUCUCCUGCCCUGAGGCAGCCCACCCUUCCCAGAAGCACCUACUAAUGGGCAAGUCUGGUUAAUUCAGACUUAAUAUGUAACCUCCCCUGGAAGUGUUUGUAUGCCAUUUAAAAGGGGAACACAAGAAGAAAGCCCAAAGGAAUGGAUUUCUAGUAGAAUUUGAAGCCCUGUGGAUGGAGAGAAAUUUGGGCAGGGGGUUAUUCUCGGCAUCUAUGCCAGUAGCCACCUAUUCUGCCUAUACACAAGGCCAUUUAUUAUUCCCUGACUGACUCCCAGAAUGGGCCAGCUGGUUGGCCACAGGAACCCUGAGAUAGAGUUACCAUGUUUCAGGGCUGGUGACCAAGUGCCAUCUGUCCCAAAUCUGGCCCAGGAGGCUUCAGAAUCCAGACCCAGAAGAGCUCAGUCUCACCAACCAGAUUUCAGGAGGGGGAAGGGGUUCUUUGAGGUAGUUGGGAGUCACUGAAUAGAAAUUCCAAAUCCUGCCACCCUGGAAUGUUGGCUCUGAAGUUUGGCAUCAUUUUCAACUUCUUCUUUCCCUCUGACUUGGAAAAAAGGGGGAGGGUGCCCUGGAAAGUCAGUUUUUGAAGGGGCCCGAGAGAUUAUCUAGUCCAUUCAACAGAAGAGACAAAUCAGGACCAGAGAUGGCAAGAGACAUUUAAAUGAUCACACAGCAAGUUAGGUUCAGGGCCAAGAUUAGGACUUGGAAUUCCUGAGUCCUGAUCCACAGUUAAUUCAGUGCAAUUGACUUGUUGGGCUUUUUUUUUAAUAUGAGGUAAGGGAACAAAGGAUCUGAGGGAAGGGGCAGGGUAGCAUUUGCCAAUCAUAUAAAGAUAAUCCAUGCCCUUUCUCCAUCUCCUUCCUCUUCAUGUCUCAGCCCUUCUCUCUUGUCUCUUCUUGCUUCCUUGCAGUCGAUCUCAACCUCUUCUUCCCCUUGAGGUUCCCCAUGACUGAGAGCCAUAUGACACUGGGCCCAUCUUUAGUAUUUCCAAGGCAGGAAACUGAUGCCUGCCUGGUCUUACCCUCACCCUCUCCAGCUGUCUCAAGACCCAGCCACAAAGGCAGGAGAUGACUUCCCACUUCCCUUUUACAGUCUGGGAGAGCUUAAGCAAUAGUAAGGGGUGGGAGAGAACUUCUUGGGGGGUUGGGGGUGGGAGUCUGGGUGGAGAGGGCCAGGGUUCUCUUAUUUAUUUUUAACUGCUUUUAGGUUCUUUCUAAGGUGCAAAAAUGCUGCUGUAAGUGUUCUUAGAGGCUUGGUGACUCCUUAAAUUAUAGGACCUGACUACAGAAUAAUAAGACCGAAUUUGUGUUCAGGUUACAGACAGCCCAGAAUUUAUCCAUCCAAAUUUGAUGUAAUCCAACCGAAUUGAUAUUUAUUAAAGCCUACCUAGUUCUGAGCACUGUGCUACACACUGUGGGGGAAGACUAAACUUGACUAGGUCCUUGGGUUAUAUUCCCCUUCAAAGCAGUCAGUCCCCUGGGAAAUCACCCACUGCCAUUCCUCCAGCCAUUGUUGGUGCUCCUCUUUGGGACUUGCCAUCAGAGCCAAUUUAUAAGCCAAGAAGAACCUAGUCAUAGAAUCAUGCAUUUCGAUCUGGAAGGGAUCUUGGAACCCAUCUAGGUCAACCUUCUCAUUUAACAGUUGAGGAAACUGAGGCCCAAAGAGUUGAAGUGACUUGCCCAAGGUCACACAAGUAGUAAAUAACCAAGCCAGGAUUUAAACCCAGGACCUCUGACUCCAAAUCCAGUGCUCUUCCCACUGUACCACAGUGCCUCUCGUGACUUCAGAGUCACCAUGUAUGGUGCGAUUUGGGUGGUAUGUGUGUGAGUGUUUUUAAUCCUCAAUAAGAUUUCCUAGCCUAAUCCCCAACCUCAAUCACAAGUCUUGGCACUGGAUAGCCAUAAAAGAAAUCAGAGGGGAAAGAAAAGGAAGGAGGACAGAGGGAAAUUUGCCUCCUGUCAGGAAAUGCCAAAGAAUGUAGAACAGACUCUAAAGGCAAGCUUCCAAAGUGGGGCACCUUCUGAGUAGCUCCCCUGGGAUGAAGGACCAUUCAGUUCAGUUCAGUCCAAUAGCUCUGAAGAAGACUUACUCGGAUGGAGAAUUCUGGUCUGUUUUUUCAGCCAUCAGCCUCCUUACCUCAUCAUCACCACUCCUUUCUCACAGUGAAUAUUUGUGUCAAGAGAUGAAAAAAGAAGAAAUGCCUUUAAGCAAAUUAUUGCUUUCUAAAGUUUUGAUUGCAUAGUCUGAACUGAGAGAAAGAGAAUAAUAUAGAUGUAUAUGUAUAUGUGCAUAUAUAUGUAUGUAUAUGUAUUUUUAACCCCUGGGAUAGAUGCAGAUUUGUCUGUGGAAAAGUAGGCCCACCUGCUACCUGUCUUCCAGUCUCGAUUUCCAUCCACUCCUCUUGCCCAGAAUGGAGCAUACCCACGUGUGGGAAGCAAUGGGCCUGGAUUAUAUGUACUUCUCAAACUGGAAUGUGAUGUCAUAGAAAUAGGAUCAGGAAUGUUGGGGACGGGAGGAGGCUACCCAUAAGCCCUAAGGGCUUACUCUCCCUAAAAUCUCCUUGUGUAAGACAGUGCCCCAGUAGGGGAGAGAGAGAACCAAUAGAACACUGGAUCCAAUUAAAGGAUUGGCUGGAAGGAGCAUUCUGCUAGAGUUGAUGAGCCAUUGGCCAAGCCAAGGGAAGAGAGCUAACCUUUGAAAGUCUAGAAUGGUCUAGAGAAAGGGCCAAAGCCUGGCCUUGGGCAAAGGGGAGCGCUGCUUUAAAAAAAUAGGAUGGACAACUUUGGUCCCAGACUUCCUUGGAUACCAAGGCUCUAGUGAAUUCAGACAUGGGACCCCCAUCUCCAUGACAACUACCUGAGGACUAGUCAUGUCUUCUUUCAGAGCAGGUCAGAGUUUCUAGGAAAGGUUGGAGGGAGUUCUGGGAUUCACAGAUGGAGAACUAGAAGGAAUGGCAGAGGUCAUCGAGUCCAACCCCUCAUUUUACAGAGGAAGAAAAUGAGGCUCAAGGAGAGGAAAGGACUUGUUUAAGAUCACACAGUUAGUGGCAAAUCUGGGAAUAGUAUGUCAUCUCUUAAUUCCCAGUUCAUUCCUAGCCUUUAUCCCUAAUUAUUCCAUAUAAGUCAGACCUAGAGAGACAACAAAGCCAUUUUAAAGAACUAGACCAGAGUUGAACUACCUAGAAAUAUUUGGACAUUGACCAAUGGCAAGAUUAUCCUUUUUCUGAGGAAUAAGGAGGGAAGAGCAACGAUCAGACUUAGCCCCUUUGAUAUCCUUAUUCCUAGUAAGCCUAACCAACCCAGAAACUUAGCAUUAUGGGAGUUUCCUUGCUCCCUGGGUCUUACCUUGGUCUUGAGAAUCAGGAAAUUUGAGAUCUGGUCCUAGAUGGCCACUAGCUAGUAUGGCCUGAGAUAAAUCACUUCCCUGCCUGGGUCCUCUUCUGUAAAAUGAGGGAUUGUAUUAGAUUGUCUCUAAAGUCCCUUCCAGCCCAUAUGGUCUAAGUUCUAUGACCCUAGUUCAAUAAUUCAAGAUGCAUUUCUUAAGCACCUUCUGCAUGCAAAGUCCUACAAUAGAUGUGGAGUGAGACCCAAAGACUCAAUACAUUUUGCUGCAGAGUUUGUGCUUUGAGUUCUUUGAUACCUUGUAGGUCUCCCAAGAGUGUGUAAUUACUUUUUUAUGUUCUCCAAAGGAAAGUGGAGGCCUUCAGGUUUCAAUAAUGGUAGCUUUUCCCAUGGUUCCCUUGUUUCUUGGCUUCCUCCCACAAAACAAAACAAAAAAGAGAGACAAGACUCAGGCAAGCUUUUCUUCUCCACCACUCCAUGUGUUUACAGAAGGGGUGGUGGUGUGGUCACCAUGCCACUCAACAUGCCAUUCCAGGAAGUGGCUGCAUCUAUUUUGGGGCCUGGAGUCAAGUAGUUGGUAAUGAUCUAGAAAGGACCAUCAAUUUACAACUUCUUCCCAACUUAAUUCUCUAAUUACAUCCAUUGAGCAUGGCUUGCCAUCCCACCUGCCCAUAACAGACUCCAUACCACCAAUUAACGUCAACACUUCCAAUGGAACUGCCGCUUCCCUGCCUCCUUUAGAAACAGCCCAUCCAUGCCAGGACUUUGCCAUGUCCAAUUCCUCCAGUGAACCCCUCAGCUGCCUAUGAAAGUCAGCUAACUCACUGGCUAAAUGCUGUCUGCAUCUUUCUAAUGAGACAACCCGACAUCUACUCAGGGGCCAGAGCCUGGUCCAUGUGGAUAGCCUGGGUUACGAAAACAAAUAGCAGUUAUUAGUGAAGGUGCCACCCUGCUCCUUCCUCCUAGCACCCUGCUCCACCGUCUGGAUGGCAAGAAGUCUUCCCUGUCCACCCAGCUGGCCCCUGAGCAAUCCAGCUGUCUCUGCAAAGGGAAUCUAAUUUGGAGCAUGAGCACAUCGGGACCUGGGAGCCGAAACUGCAAAGAGGGCCCCAUCCUCUUUCCUUCUUCAAAGUCUCUAGUGCUCUUAGACAAGAGGGCCGGGACAGUCACUAACCCUUAACCUUUUCCUGUUCCCAUGUGCUCUGGUACCUGCUUGACCUACAAACCUUUCUUGGGUGGAAGAUGGAUUCAGAGCUGCCUUUUUUGUACCAUUAAUCAGGCAGAACAAAUGCAUUUAUUUUAAACUCUUCUACCUUUUUUGGGUUCCCUUUUUUGCUUGUGCUGAAAACCAAAAUAGUUUUUCCCUCUUUAUUGCAUUUAAAAAGAGAGAAGUGGUCAGAGCAGCAAUAUAGAUAUAAAUGUGUAAUACGCACACACAUAUACUCCAUCCUCUGUGUAUGUGUGUGUGCUCGUCAGGCGGAGACACGAAGCGGGACAGGCGAUGCGAUCUCCUUGUCUGGUUCCUUAGCCUCUCAGCCCUUGAGACAGGAGGUCCAUGGCAGGCAGAGGACAGAGCGUCCAGCUCUAAUCCCCUAGUCUGGCUUGGCUUUGCUGAAGGAGAGAGUCCCACCUCAAAGAGAGAAGGUUCAGUUGUGAACUGAGAGUGUGUGCUCAUGUAUGAGUGUGUGUAUGUGUUCAUGUGUUUGGCAAUCAGCAGGAUGGGGCGGUCUUCAGUCAGCUGACCCAUCACUGGUCCUCUGUUUCUCACAAAUUACUAGCCUGCCCACCCCCACUGUCCAAGGUCCCCUGAGGAGGUGAUGUUGGGGCAUAUGAGUCCUGGGCUCAGAGGGAAGCUGUUCCCUUGGGGUGGUCAGAGAAAUCAGCAAGGGGGGCAUUUUCCACCUAGAGUGUGUUUUAUUGCACAUAUGUUUCAAAUAUGUGUGAUGCUAUAUGAUAUAAAAUCUAUUUUAAAUGAUAAAAUCGGAGAAUUUUCAUGUUAUUUUAAAUACAUAGCAACUAUCUAAAACCUAGGAAAUAAGACUAGAUGACAUUAAAUGCAUUUUGAGCUCUUGAAAA